CCUCUUGUGUCUUCCUGCGUUCCGUUCCUUUGGACCCCAAUUUGGUCUCCGACUACUUUUCUUCCCCUGUUGCUUUGGGUUCAACCUCCCUGGAACUACCUUUCUCAUGGCCGAACCCCUUCACGAUAGCCCGGUUCCCGCCUCCCCUCGGGGCCCGGAUGCGCCGCCAUUGAGCGCGAAUUCCGGCCAGUCGGCGAACUUAGAGAUCCGUUCAGGGCCGCCACCCAUGUCCGAGGAAUUGAAGGCUCGUCUGGAUAAAGUCAUCUAUUCGGACAUCGGCAUUACCACUCUCCUGACCCGGCUGAAACAAAGCGUUGCUUCCGCAAGGGAUUUCUCGACGUUUUUGAAGAAGCGAUCAAGCUUGGAGGAGGAACACGCGCAAGGGCUAAGGAAACUCUCUCGCUCCCUUUACGAUGCGGCGCACCGUCCCGACAAUCGCCAAGGCACCUACGGCCAGAGCCACAAUGAUUUAAACCGUUUCCAUGACCGCAUGGCCGAUCAUGGCCUUCAGUUUGCUGUGUCCUUGCAGCAGAUGGCCGACGAUCUGCAUGAGCUGGCUUCGAACAUCGAGCGGGGUCGCAAGCAAUGGAAGCAAACCGGCCUGAGUGCGGAGAAGAGAGUGCUGGAGGCGGAAGCGUCGGCGGAGAAGGCGAAGGCCAAAUACGAAUCGCUUGCAGAACAGUAUGAGCGCGUCAAGACGGGUGACAAGGCCGGGGGGAAGUUCGGGCUGAAAGGACACAAGUCGGCGGCGCAGCAUGAGGAGGAGCUGCAUCGCAAGGUCCAAAAUGCGGAUUCGGACUAUGCUGCCAAGGUGCAGGCGGCGCAGGCAGCUCGCCAGGAGCUGGUUUCCACCCACCGGCCUCAGGCUGUUCACAACAUGCAGCAAUUGAUCUCGGAAUGCGAUUCGGGGCUCACGCUGCAGCUGCAGAAAUUCGCUACUUUCAAUGAGAAGCUCCUGCUGGGACAAGGUCUCUCCAUCAGUCCGCUGAAGGAUGGCACCAACUCCGCCAUUGCGCCGAAGAGCCUCUACGAGGUCAUUCAAACGAUUGACAACCAGAAGGACUACAACGAGUACAUUUUGAGCCACGAGAAUAACCCGGCCGCGAUUGCUUCGGAACAAAUAAAAUAUGAACGUCAUCCGACCCUUGGUGGCUCAGGACCUGUCGUUCCAGCCUCUCAGCCCAGUACCCAAAAUAAGCGCCAGUCCAUCUUGCCUCAGUCCUUCUCCACGCAACAGCUCCCUCCCAGUCAACCUUCUUCGCAAACCCCAGCUCCAAGCAGCCAACCUCAUCCAUACCCACAAGGACCCGACUCGUACGCUUCACCUUCGUUCCAACAGCCUCCUUACCCGACAAACUCGGGGCCACCUGCUCCUGAGAAAGUCCCGUUGAAUGCCGCGCCUACGGCACCCCAGCCGAGUCCGCUGCCGCCACCAAGCAACACCUUCCAAUCACACCUGCCGCCCUUAAAACCGGUGUUCGGCAUCUCUCUAGAUGAAUUGUACGAACGAGAUGGAACUGCGGUUCCCAUGAUCGUCUACCAAUGUUUCCAAGCCAUCGAACUCUUUGGUUUGGACAUGGAGGGUAUAUACCGACUCUCUGGCAGUGCCAAUCACAUUAAUCAGAUGAAAUCGCUCUUUGACAAUGAUUCAUCACAGGUGGAUUUCACAAACCCGGAAAAUUUCUAUCAUGAUGUCAACAGUGUUGCCGGCCUGCUGAAGCAGUUCUUCCGGGACCUUCCCGAUCCUUUGUUUACUUCGCAGUCGUACUCGGACUUCAUUAACGCAGCCCGAAUCGAUGAUGACGUUAAGCGUCGCGACUCGCUGCACGCGCUUGUCAACAAUCUCCCCGACGCACACUAUGCCACCUUGAGGGCUGUAAUACUGCACCUGAACAAGAUCCAAGAACAUUAUACCCAAAACCGCAUGAACGCAGGCAACAUCGCCAUCUGCUUCGGACCUACGCUUCUCAGCGCAAGCACCGGCGGCAACAUCGCCGAUGCCGGCUGGCAGGUCCGAGUCAUCGAGACAGUCCUGGUCAAUACGUUCCAGAUUUUUGAUGACGAUUAGUUAAUUCUUCCCAUUCUUUAAUUCGUUGUUUAUAUCCUGUAUUUCCCCUGCUUCUUAUUCUAUUCUUCUUC